GCAGUCGCCCUUUUUUGAGUUUCAGCGCGUCCACUGCUCGGGGAAGUUUACUCCCGUUUGCGGGUCUGACAUGGAAACCGACGCCGCUGUGAGUUUGAUGAUAAUGUAUGAGGACGAGUCGGUGGACGUCCGUUACGGGAACGGAGCUCGGUUGCAGCUGUCGCCGUGCGGCUGCGAGUUCACGUUGGUGAAAGCCCAGGACCCCCGUGGACAUCCUCUGCAGCCCCCCGAGAGAGUCCGACAGAGGACCAGGUUCACCGUGAGCACAUACAAGGAGCUCAUUGUAGCUGCACUGGAGUUCAGGAAUAAAUACGCUACUCGACCAUAUUUACCAGAGGAACUCAUCUCAGCUGAUCAUAAGAAGCCUUUUUUCAGCAUUGACUCAGUUGUGCGGUGGCCCGAGUGGUCGUCCUGUGAGCCUGAGCUCGGACCCCGAGGUGAGGCCGUCGUCAGGUCGGAGGAGGGACAAGCCACCUUGGUGCUUUCGCCCUCGGGUGAGGAAUUCACCGUCGAGUUCACAUGCGCUCUCAGUCACACUCACAGUCAGCACCGCAGCGAGCCUCUUUCGAGAAGAGAUCCUGGUGGCUGCCAAGAUGGUCAGCAGCAAGGAAACGAUCCCAUCUGUGGCAGCACCGGUGACCUGACCAGAGACUGUCAUCAGGGAAGAGGAAGCAGAAAGAAAGAGACGACUAGAUCAAGGUCUUGUUCUCCGGGUAUUAUCAGUGCUGCUGAGCUAAAGCCCGAACAGAUGUACCAGUCCACUACGGUGAUCCAGCAUCACUCUUGCUGCGCUGUCGCCCCCAUGUGGGCGUACCCUCUCUCCUUGGCUUGGCAUCACUGGACAGCUCGUUUCUCAAAACCUACAGAUGUCGAAGGAGAGGAAACAAGCAAUUCCAACCGGGCUGACAUCAGAAAAAACAUGUUGGAUGUAUCCAGUGAAGAGAGAAGGUCCUGCCUGCCACAGGCACUGCCUCUCACAUGUCCGUCACCUCACUGGCACAGGUGGAGGGUUAAAGAUCCCUUGGGCAAAGAAGAACAUUCAGACCUUCCAACAGAGCUUGUGAAAAUAUUGUGGUGUCAAGGAGUCACUUACAGGAUACUGAGCGGAGCUUUCUCAGUCGUAGAGGUUUCCCCAGGCGAUGGAUCAGUCAUCCGGUCUAACGGUCUCUUAAGCUCUUAUUUCACCCAUCAUAAACCUGAGCUCCAAUCAAAGCAGGUCAGAGAGGUCACCUAUCAUUUAAACAGCCUUCCACCUGAUGUACUUGGACAGGUCUACUCUGUGUGCUCCAUUGUGAGCCGUGCAAAUAGGAUCCUUAUGUGCUACAACCAGACCAAACAGUUACUGAAGCUCCAUGCUGCUCCCAGCUGCUUAGAAGAGGACAGAGGUUUUUCUAAGCCAAAAACGUAUGAAGACAAUCUGCCAAAUGUGGCAGUUGUUGAGCAGCACAUGAAUGUUACGCAGGUUCCAGACAGUCGGUCAGAUAUGGUUGCUGCAGAACUGGAGAAGAUAAAGCGAUUCAACUUUCUGAUGGACAACAACCACCUGUUUGCAACUGAGAAAGAACACACGGACUCACACAGUAGCUCUGCUGGGUUCACUCAUGAACCAGUAGAUGAGACGUGCAUUGCUGAAGCUCUUCAAAGGACCUCCAAAGCCAUUCAGGACAUUGAUGCUCUCAUAGCUUCGGCCGCACUCACUUAAAAACACUCCCUAACAAUGUAUAUGGGUCUGUAAACAUGUGAAUAAUACGGGUUUUCCAAUGAAGAGUAACUUUGCUGUGAUGGUGCUACAUAACCUUUGGCCUUUUUCUUGAGUUUAGUGGUUGUCUUUCGUGCCAAGGACCCAAACUCAGAUCUAAACAAUACACACACACUGCUUAUCAGCAUGUCUUUGUCACAACACACUCCCUUCCUGUAGGGUUCAGAGAUAAGAACUUGAUGUUUUCUCUCUACACCCAUGGAAAAUUGUGAUUAUACUAUCAAAUGUGAUUAAAAAGUGAUUAAAAAGGGUCUCAGUGUGACUAACUAAAAUUUGUUGUGGUCGUCAGCUAUCACAUAAGUGUUUUACGAGAUCUUCAUAAGUUACAACCAGACCAAGCAGUCACUGAAGUUUUCACUAUUAUGAAUUGUUUUUUAAACUUACGUGCACAAGUAUUAACAUUGGACAAGUCAAACAAGCUGUGGUUUUGCAUAUAUGUUCUCCCUUUUUUUUU